UGUUGACCUUGAGACUUCUACCUGCACGGUUGUCUGGCGACAACAUCGCGUCUAUUCAAAUCGGCGUUGGUGCUUGUGGGUAGAAGACCUUUCGACUUUUAAUUCAACCAUGGAAGGGAGUGCAUGUGUAUAAAUACGUUGCAUGUGUAUUAUAGACUAUAUUCAGUGCAAUGAAUACAGAAGUGCGAUGUCCAUUUCCCUACGAUCCUACAACUGAAAAAAUCGCGGUUUGUCCGUAUGACAAGUCGCAUAUUAUGUUGGCGCAUCGCUUAGGGCGUCACAUAUUCAAAUCACACAAAGAGUACCGGGGGUUAGAAUUCCCGGUACGACAUGAAACGACAAGGGAACAUCACCAGCAGCAGGAGCAACCCGGUGGAUCAAAAGAAACAAAGGAGCAGCAGGAGUACCCGGGUGGGUGGUCGACGGAGUGGGACGGCGAGGAGUGCACUUCGUAUUUAGAUUUCCUCCGGGAACGGGAAGAAGAACAACGCAAGGAACAGGAACAAUGGGAUGGUCGACUGAAUCGACAUAAAAAGAAGAAGAAACUCCUCGCCAGACCAAUUUUAUAAAUAAAAUAAAAUGUAUUAAAAUUCAAGUUUAUUUAAUUAUCCUCCCGAUCCACCGCGUCACCGCGCCGCACCGUCACCGCCCUCUACCGGGGGGGCCUACGACGGUCGGAGCGCGCGACAUCUAGCAGCGACGGGCGGAACCGGGGCAAAACAGGACGCUACACAAGCUGGCGACAUCUAGCAGCGACGGGCGGAACCGGGGCAAAACAGGACGCUACACAAGCUGGGUGGGGGGCGGAGCGCACUCUGGUAGACAGGGGGGACACUAGGACGCCAC